AUGCGUACGGCGCGCCUUGGCCCGUGGAGUGCUGAGGUGUACUUGUACGGCUACCAGAACCAAUUGGGGAAUGGCACCAUUGUAAAGAUCGAUGCUCAUGCGACAGAGGAGUUCACCGAGGAGCGGGGCUUCUUGCCUUGGCGGGAACAGCGCAUCACCUUGUCCUACGGGGAGUUCUUCGGGGGUGAGCUGAGGCCGACCAACCUUGAUGCUGCCGUCAUCGAACUCAACGCGGACUAUGAGAGCUGGGUGGUUCCCAAAAGCCGCCUGGACCGGUCUCCGGGGCUGGACCAGCCAGUGCAGGAUCUGGAUGUGGUGCUCUUGGAAUACUGCCUCAAGUCUUCUUUCUCCGGAGGCAUUUGCCGCCAGCUGUUUGAGGUGCUGGAGAGGACCUGGGGUGAGCUUUGCAUGCCAGUUUGUCCUGAGACCAACGAGGCUAGCGAAGCGCCUUGUGAGACGAGUUGUUUUGUAGAGCCGGGCGUGCCGCUGAAGUAUCCUGAGUAUAUCUCGCAUCGUUCCUUGGCCUGGAAGCAGGGCCAAUGGAUGCCCAGUCCCGCCACGGUGGACCAAUUCUUGAGGGAAGGUGGUCAGCAAUGGUCGGCAACCUUUGAGUGCUGGGAUUUUCAGACCGGCCCUGAAGGUUUCCCCAUUUGCGAUGGCUUCGAUCCCAAGUCCUUGCCCGAUGAGCUGGGCGUGUGGCAGGUGGUGAGCUGCCCCGAUGGUGAAGAGAUCAUCGUGCCACCUUUGCCCAACUGGGAGCUGGGGCGCUGGGAUGACUCCUGGGCCUGUGAUACUUGUAUGAAAGACUUGAAAUGGGCUAUGCAGGUCGGGAUUUUUCAAGAACCUAGAUGGUAUCCUGGUCUUACCUACAAAUCCAGCGCGGAUGAGUUCCAGGCCUUGCUACACGAGAUCCUGGGCAGCUGCCCACCACCCUGCAACGAUGAGCCCCACUUUCAAGCUGUCGAUGGCGCUAUCGACCGGGUGUGCCGUGGUGUGACAUCCAGCGACAACUCCAACAGCUACUUCACGGUCCGCGUCGCGAACUCGACUGAGCAGUGCAAGCAGCUUUGUCGGGACUAUCCCGGUUGUAAAGGGAUCGAGUUCGCGCGGAUCUCCGGGCGCUGCGAGAUCUGGCUCCGCGAGGGCGGCAUCGGAGCCAGUAACGCGGCCGAGAACUUCGAGUGUUGGCGCUACGUGGACCCUGGCGCUGGCAGCUCUGCUCCGAACGUGACGACCACGCUGAUGCCGCAUCAGCUGAUGUACUUUGAAGGCCUCAACGGGGUGGCACAGGACCGCGUCUGCCGUGGUGCCAACAUUUACGACAACAAGCGCUGCUUGGAGUCGAAGUCGUCAGAGGUCAGAGGAGGGUGCAGAGAUGUGUGUGUGUGUGUGAUGAAUGGUGCGCUGGGCAUGGAUAUGGAUGCUGAAGAAGGAGGUUCCUACUUUGAGCUCUACUGGACUUCCACCUUGGAGGGCUGCAAGAGCGAAUGCGUCGAAGUGCCCGGCUGCAAAGGGGUCGAGUACGCGGCAUCCAUCGGCCGCUGCGAAGUGUGGAUCCGCCCCGAGGGGAUCCAGGCGGUCAAGGUGUC